CGAGCUGAUGUCAGGCGAUUCUUCCUUCACCAAUCCCACAGAGAGCACCAUGGCGUCUUACAGCCGUUUGCUCGAGUGGGUCUUUGCCUGCUAUUUUUUCACACACAUCCCCAUCACUUUAGCCAUCGACCUGCAGGCUCUGCUGCCCGGGGACUUGUACCUGCCCGCGCUGCAAGAUUUAUUAAAAUGGUACGCAGCUCGAUUCAAAGAUCCGAUGAUGUUGGACCCUCCAGCAUGGUUUAAAGCAUUUAUUCUUUGUGAGGCAUUGCUGCAGUUACCUUUUUUUCCUGUUGCAGCUUAUGCUUUCUACAAAGGAAAUUGUUCAUGGAUAAGGACACCCGCUAUCAUAUACUCCACACAUGUGACUACAACAGUUAUUGCCAUCCUCACACAUAUUUUGUUUAAUGACUUCUCAAAAUCGAUGUAUCCAGGACCAAAAUCCACAUCAGAACGUUUAACUCUCUCAGCUAUUUACAUCCCCUAUUUAUUAAUCCCUGUUUUGAUCCUAAUAUCUAUGCUUUUCAACAAAAGAUACAAUCCUGAUGAGGAAAAGAAGAGACAGUAACUGCUACCACUUGAGAAUGAUUUCCCAUUUAUUUCAGUGCUUGAUUUGAAAUUACUGUCUCGUAAUUUGAUGACAUUGCUCCAAUAAAAUUGUAAAUUUGAAUUAAA